AUGACCUCACUCUACAAGAGGAGUAGAGUAAUUAUUGUGUGCACCAAUUGUAAGAAACGGAAAAAAAAGUGUGACCGCAAGGAGCCAUGCUCGAGUUGUAUCAGCAACAAUUUGGACUGUGAAUACACAUAUUUUAACCACAAGCCUUACACUCAAAGUGCCUAUGUUCCUGCCGAUCUCGGACAAAAAAAUGAAAAAAUUGGAAAAAGUGACCAUCCGGCCACAUAUCCUUCCAGGUAUGAAUCACUAGUUGGAAUAAAUCCAUAUGCGGAUCACUCAAUUAUAAAUUUUUACUCCUCGAGUACACUGAAUAGUCCUUUGUCUUGGGAGGCAUUGAUUGGGAAAGACAAAUUUGUCAACAGCUUAUGGUCAAGUCUAUUCACAGCUGACGUGGAACCACUUCAAGUUGAAGAGAAGAAACAAAGUAUAGAUUCUUCAUCUUUCCAUUCAAGGUUGACCAACAUUAUUCCAGAUCCUUUCACAACAUCCCAAUUGAUAGAUCGUUUCUUUUCAUGGGUGUAUACGUUCAUUCCGUUUAUGGACGAGGCCACCUUCAGGACGCGUACAUCCUCAAUUUUGGGCCAAGAACAGUCCACUGAUUAUGCAUGGAUAGGAAUCUUGUUGAUCAUUUUGAGAUUCGCUUCCUUAUCUCAAGGCACAAAUUGUUCUCAUCUCGUCAAAACAGACGCAAUUGAUCUAGCUUGUGAGUGUCUAGUCAGAUCUCACGAUUCGGAUGACAACUUUUCUGUCUUUGUCUUAUCUUUCUUUCUCAAAUUGUACCACAAAUUUUCUCCUGAAGUUUCUGGAAUACAUGAAGGGGAAGCUACUCAGCGAGCCAAUAGAUCGUUGAUUGUCCGUGCUAAAUUACUUGGCUUGGAAAGGGGGAACUUUCAAGAUUUCGGACCUGGAACAAAACUAAUGCAACAAAAGAUAUGGCAGUUUUUGAUUAUGGCAGAUAUGUAUCAAGGAUAUACAUACGGCUAUCAAUUAUCAAUCGCUAAUGGGGCCAGUCACAUAAAGUUUGAUGACCAGAAAAAUCUACUUGACCAGAAUUUCGACCAAUUUGUGUUAGACAUGUUUUUCCUGAGCUUAAAGUUCAACGAUAAGUUGAUUAAUCUAUUAAACUUGAUUCUUAACCCAGAUGGGUCAGCCACAUCAGCAGUUUGCCAAUCACUAUCUAAUUUCGAGAUUAUAAUACUGAACGAAGCUGGGACGUUUGAAAAUUGUCUACAAAAUAGGGAAUCCGAUUUAAGACUAUCACUUAUAAAAAGACAAUUUUCCAUCAAAAACUAUCUCGUUUUCGCUACUUUUCUUGUGUCGAUCUUUUGGCACUUGUUCCUUCAUUUCGAGGAUCAAAAUGUCAAUCUUUCAUAUUACUACCUCGUCAAAUCGACGACUUUAGUCAAUGAACUACUCAUAUAUUUGCCGACAGCAUUAUCCUGUGAUGAAUGUUUAUUCGUUAUUUGUCCAUCCAUUGAGAAGUUUAUCAAUAGAGCUAAUCAAAUACUUUUAGGUUUAGCUUUAAGAUUUUCUCAAUAUAGACAUAAUUCUGUUCGAGACGAUGCAUACAUAAAACGACUUGCUUCAAUCGAAAAAAACUUUGUCAAGUGCAUUCAAUUUUCGUUCACGAUUCUAGACAAGCUACCAUCAUACUAUGUUAACGGUAAAAGGAUCAAAAGCGUUCACUCGAUCCUCUUGAACAAAUUGGACAGUUUCGAAUUUGCUUCAACUAGCAAAAAAUUGCCUAGUCCGUUUGAUGUGGUGCAAUUAGAGGAUAUAUUCAUGAGAAGUCAGAUCCCAGAUUUUGUGGGAUUGGACUUUCAAACUUUACAAUUUGCCGACGAAGUCAUGAUGUUGAAUUUUGAUGUGAAGGAUCGUAUAUUGGAUUUUGACAAAUACUUUCAUGCUUAA